UUUAAAUAAAGUAAUAUCUUAUGACUGUUUAAGAUUUCCCCCCUCCCAGAAAAGAGCCAUUUGUGAUGCAAAUAGUUUUGAUAACCGUUGGUUGAUUAGUUUUUGUUUCUUGCCCCCUUUUUCACUAGCCACUGGAAUUGGCUGGAGUAAAAUACAUUCUCUUGAUCAAACUCCAUUGCCUUUUUUAGUAAAAUACCCUUUGCUCCCUAGUCAGUUUCUUUCCUUUGACUUUAUGGUUUUUGAGAGUUUGCUUGUGAAGUGAGUCAUGUUCUGUUACACAAAGGCAUUGUUGUUUUUAUAACUUGAAGUACAAGCCCAGCAUUUCACACUAGCUUUGCUGAAUUGUCUUGUUGGGCAAAUGCCACCAACCAUUUAGUCAUUGGUUUUCUUUUGCGUAUCAAAAAUCGAAGGGGUUAUGUUGAUCUUUCUUGCCACUGCUUACAUUGCAGUCUUAACCAUAAAUUCCAAGGUCUGCUUUCAGUGUUUGUUUCAAGUUUUUAACUGUGCUAAUUUCUCUUCAGCAAUGCCCCCUCACUCUGGAAUCUGUUUCUCAACUUGACCCUGAUUUGUGCUUAGUAGGAAAGGGUUUACAUUUUCUAAUUCAUCUGUUCAGACACUUAUUUUUUUAAAAUGAAGACCUCCUUGAAUAUGUAAGACUUGAACCCAGCUUUCCUGGCUCCGUUAAGGGUGCUACCACUGCACCACAAGAACCCGUGUUAAGAUAUUAAGCUUGUGUUUGCAGUAAGAGGGCUCAAGUCAGAGGCAUGGCAAAUGAGAUGAAUUUAAAUCAGAAGUUGCUGGAGUUCUUAAAUGCUGAGGGGUUCAAUCUAUUAAUGAAAAGGCAUAAUCUAAAUAAGAAUGAAGCUGAAAGCACCUGAUCCAAGGUGUGGGGAUGAAAAAUAGGAUUUCUUUUCAGCUCUCAUUUUUAAUGGGAACUUCACUGUGAGGACAUAAGCCUAUUGGGAGGUUGUGCUUUUUUUUUUUUUGAGACACAGCAUUUGUGCUGACAGAGUUCAGGGAAUCUAAAUUGUUCCGGUUGGUCAGCAUGAAAAAUCAGACAACCAUUCUGUGCUGAAGAAUACAGGGUGCUGUAUUGUCCCAGUUAAGUGCUACAAGUGGGAAAUGUAUGACUACAUAAAGCUGUCUUUCAUUUUGAGUAAUGUUGUUGAAACUUCAGAAAUUCUGAAAUUGGUUUGAAUAAUAUCAUGGUUGCAUCGCGUGUGAAUAACUAUUAGUGAGAAGUUAAGGAAACGGUUAACUUGCGUUCAUCUGCAUUGAAUAAAAUGUAAAUUCAAGUCCUUUGGAAUUCUAAAGGAAUCUCAAUACCAAAGAGUUCUUUUGAGGAUUGCUAGGGCACCUGCUUCUGGAUUUCUUGUCACUGACUUGGUGGGGAUGGUGUCGAGUUGAAUUUUGUUUGCUGGAACACUUUUUAUUUCCAACCUCUCCUAUGAACAAUACCUUCACCUCCAGGGACGGAGAUAAUUGAUCUUUUGGCCUAGAAAGCAUGGUUUUCUGUGAAGAAAACUUAGUUUGCUUUCAAACCAUCAAUUUUAUGAGCCUUUUAAAAUAAUGGCCAUCAAAGCUCCCUGUUUCGUACUUAAUUUUUUGUUUGCAAGUGAGUUGGGCAGAGCAGGGAGAUGGAAAAGCACUUCCCUGUUUCGGGUCAUGUCUCCUAAAAUCGAAAAUAGAAACUACUUAAAAUGUAAAACUGCAUGCUGACUUAAGACUGAAAUGCGGAAGAAUUUCUUGAGGGUUGGAACUCUGCCAAAGGGCGUGGGGACAGUGUCCUUGUGUAUAUUUUAAGACUGCAAUCCUUGAGCCAUAGGGGAAUUGAGAGUUAUGGGGAAAGGGCAUGGAUAUGAGGGGUGUUGGAUCCAAUUAAAUGAUGGAGCUGGCUUGAGGGGGCCCAUCAACCUACUCCUGUUCCUAUUGUGGCCUUGAAGUACCUUUUUAAUAUUUGUCCUCCAUAAUCAUUGCAUUAAUUGGGUGCCAGUACUGUAAUUGGGGUAAAACCUAAAUUUAAAAAGGUAUUUGGCGCUAUUGCCUGUUAUGGUGGGGUAUUCAUUGGAGUGUUCCAAACUAACACUGAUAAAUCCAGGCUAAAGUAUGCAGGAAUAGUUUGAAAAGACUUUUUCCCAAGGUGGACUGAAAUUUUGUGCAUAAACUGAUUAAUUAUUAUUUAACAAAUGAUAUAACCUAUUUAUCCAUUAGUUUAGUACCUGUACUCUUUUAAAUUGCUUCAAUUUGACCUUCACCUUUUAGGACCCCUCCACCCACCAUUUCUGCUGGCAACCAUUCUUUGCUUUGGAUUAUUUCCCAGUAAUGUUUAAAUUUCUCCCUAUCUUUAAGGAAAUUAACUUUUGGCAUUGUUUUUGGUGCUCUUGCACAUGGAAACAUACUAAAUUUAUGAUUUCUCUUUGGAAUUUUCUUCAGUUCAAGUGACUCGAAAUGAGUGCUGCUGUGAAGCCAGCUUAUUGGACUCUUUCUGAAAAACCAAAAUGGUUCACUGAUACUGGAAAUGUCACAGAGCUGGGAGCAGAUGAAUGUUGUGAAGACUUCCGCGGACUGAAACCAGGUGGAAAAUAUUUGCAACUGGUAACAGACAAAGUGAAUCUUCAUAGAGGAAGAACUGUGAAAUUGCCAAUGGACAUUCCACUAAUAAUUGGGGGCCUGGAUGAUACUGUUUAUUGGGGAAGGCCUGACCUGCUUAGGUGUUGGCAAGAUCUCUAUUUGCCGCAGAGAAUGGAUAUGGUGGUCUUGGGCAUGAUUGAAAGUUAUCCAUGCCUGGCACCAGGACUUCAGCUUGUCAUCCUCACUGGAAAGGAUGGUUCAGUAUUUGCCUAUGAAGAAGAAAUGUUGCACAAAAUUGCCAGUGAUUUGGAAGAGCUCUUCUGCAAAGGUCCAGUAUUUCCUGGAACUGAAAUCUAUGAAUAUGGCAGAGGUUUCAGGCCAAAGAAUAACGAAGAAUAUAUGGAAGCCCUCGCAAAAGCUGGGUUGGAAAAGAUCUCCCAAGAUACAAGGAACUUCAUCAGCAGAAAUGCAUCUGAAAUGAAGAAGCUGGUUGAUGACUUGGAUUUCUUGUGAUACUUUGGGUCUGUCAGUGAGUGGAACAGUGUUACUUCUUGGACAGCGAGGUUUGUGCGUGCUAUUUUGCAGCUCAGGAUAUUGGAACCAUUAAAUACCUUUCUUGGAAA